AACACGGUCGACUCUCAGGGACGAAAAACUAGCAGCCAUCCGUUGGCCGCGCUGCAAAAGCUCUGCGACAAGACCGAGACGAGAGGACCGAGCGGCAGCGCGGCCCGAUCCGCUGGUGGCCCCGGAACCGCGUCCGGCCUCGGUUCGGCGACCGGAAGCGGCGUCGGCGCGACCGGUCCCGGUUCCGGGACAACUCCGGGAGCGAUCUUGGCGUUCAGCUGGGCCUGCAACGACGCCGUCGUCACCGCCGAUUCCAUCAUGAAAUGCGCCUUUUGCGACACGCCGUUCAUAUCGAAGGGCGCGUACAGGCAUCACCUGUCCAAGAUGCACUUCGUGAAGGACGGCGUGAUCCCCGAUCCUCUGACGAUCGGCCGGUCGGCGGCGGCCGCGGCUGCUGCGGCGGCU